UGUGGUACCAGAACCAUGUUUCCCCCAUUUGAUUAUUUCACGUAUCUCCGCGUCAGAGACUCCAAGAGAAGACAACGGGCUGACCGUUUCGCGGCCCUAAGUCCAGAAUACCAUGCCCCAUUCUCGACAUAUGAUAAGAUCAUCAUCAACAAGCCCAUUGAGGAGCUGGUGGAGGAGAUCCAAAAGGGUUUAAUAUCGCCAGUCGAAGUGCUCCGAGCAUACGGCAAGGUAGCCGUGAAGGCGCAUGAGAAAACAAACUGCGUCACAGAGCUGCUGUUACCGGAAGCGGAGACCUGGGUAGAAUCGGAGGUGAAUCUGAAAGGGCCUCUGGCUGGUCUGCCGGUUUCCCUGAAGGAUUCGGUUCAGGUCAAGGGGUUUGAUAUCACUGUUGGGUAUGCGCGGUUUGCAGGGAAGCCAUAUAAGGAUGAUGGGCCGAUGGUGAAGCUGUUGAAAGAUGCUGGUGCCGUUCCAUACGCCAAGACAGCGUUACCCAUCACCCUUUUGUCGUUUGAGUCGACUAAUGGUCUUUGGGGUCGCUGUCUUAACCCGCAUGUUCCUGAGUAUUCCCCUGGCGGUUCCACUGGUGGAGAGGGAGCCCUGCUGGCUUUGGGCGGUCGCAUUGGUAUCGGCUCCGAUGUUGCUGGUUCUGUCCGCGUGCCUGCUGCAUGGAGUGGGAUCUAUGCGCUCCGUUGCAGCACUGGUCGCUGGCCGAAAGUUGGCAUGAAUACCAGCAUGGCUGGUCAAGAGGGUGUUGCAAGUGUCUUCAGCCCUAUGGCCCGUACAUUGAACGACCUUGCCUAUUUCACUCGCUCCAUUAUCCAAAUGCAGCCGUGGAAAUAUGACUAUACUGUCCAUCCCAUCUCAUGGCGGACAGAUUUGGAAAACGAGCCGAUGGGGAAGAAACUGAAAAUCGGUCUGAUGUUGAGUGAUGGCGUCGUGCCUCCUUCUCCAGCCAUUGAACGUGCCCUUUCGACAACGGUGGCAGCUCUAACAGCCGCCGGCCACACAGUCACCGAGAUCACCCCUCCAGCGGGAGCUGAUCCCUUCAGCGGUCUUGACCUAGCCUCCCAGCUCCUGAACUCGGACGGCUGCAAGACAUUCAACUCGCAUUUCUACAGCUUUGAACCGUCCGAUCCCGGUGCUGCCCAACUGACGGCCGUGGCGAACCUCCCCCGUUGCCUCCGCUACCUUUACUAUCUGUACGUCAGAUACAUCAAACGAGACGUCAAAUGGGCGAUACUACUCCGUAACUUCGGCCCGAAGUUCGCAGCCGAUCAGUGGAAACUGGUCUCCCGACGUGAAUCCUUCCGCGCAAUCUGGCAUGAAUGGUGGGACGCCGAGUCCCAGCAAUACGACUUCAUUCUGUGUCCUGCGAACGCGACCCCCGCUCUCCCGCACAAUGCGAUGCACGAUGCUGUUUCAUCGUGCGGGUACACGUUCUUGUGGAAUUUGCUUGACUACCCGGCGGGCGUCAUGCCAGUGUCGCAUGUCGAUGCCGCCCGGGAUGCGCUCGAUGCACCGUACAAGACUGUUUUGAAGAGACUGGGAUGCGAUAACGGGGUGGCCCGUGGAGGUUGGAAGCAUUACGACGCGGCAAAGAUGGCUGGGCUUCCGACAGCCAUCCAGAUUGUGGGGAGACGGUGGCAGGAGGAGAAGGUAUUGGGUUGUAUGGCGGUUGUAGAGAAGGCAUUGGAGGAUCGGGGAGAGAAGUAUGCGUUAAUUGAACUUGAUUAAAUAUCAUAUACAUUCAUGAAUGUGAUAUUCAUGGGCAUCUUACAUAUCAUCUUUCCAG